UCGACUAUAACUGAAAGACAAUCAAAUGCCUAUUCAAGCGAUAGACCAACAUGUAAUUAGAGUUUAUUUUGAGCGUCUUUGCAUUUCCCGAAGCGAUUCAUGUCAUAAAAGGUCGUGCGAUCUUCUGCUCUGUUCACCAACAAGGCACAUGUUUACUGUAUUGCUUUAGUAUUACAAGUUAACUCCGCAUUCCUUAUUCCGAGUAUUCCACACAGUUUCAGUACAAAACUCAAUGAACAUAUCGCAUAAUUAGACUGAUAUUGACGUACUUUGACGACUUUAUAUCAAUUUUGAUCAUGGAUGUCGUAAACGGCCUUAAUUUUAGUCAAAUAUUGGGAUUAAUAUCCUUGUGGUUUGAAUUAUGACUUUUUUUAAUCUGUGUAUUGGAUUAAUUGCAGCAGUCAGGCAAACGAAAAUAGACUAUUUUUUCUUCGUUCCGUAAAUGGUCUUCCCACUUCCAGUAAAAAGCAAACGCAAUAAAUCAGUACAGAAGAGUCUAGAUUUUUCUAUGGCCCAAAAAUAGCAUUCCAAACGUAAUUUUUCCUUUUUCGUAAGUAAUCCGCUUAUUUUUCAUUUUUAUAAGUUGAUUUUGCAAGAGCAAUGUGCUAAAUUAAAACUUUAAAAAGAUUUCGCAGAAACUAAAAAUUAAGGACUCCGGGCAACUUCUCUGCAGGUUUUUUUUUUUUUUUUUUUUUUACCGGCUUCUUUUUGUGCGGAAUGGUCUUCAAUAGUCCAGAUAUUUUCAUGACCCCAAAUUAACAUUCGAAACAUUUUUUAUUAUUAUUAUUUAGAACUAAGCCUCUUAGUUUUGUAAGGCGAUUUCGCAAGAGAAACGUGCUCAAUUUAUUUUGCAAAUGCAUUUGGCAUUCCGAGAAACUGGGCAUUAACGUCCCCCUGACACAUCGAAAAUUUGCUUAAAAGCUAAAAGGGUUCCGUGACUUUAUCUUAGUUCCGUUUCCUCUCUGUUACCUUAGUAGAACGGAUGCAAAUAACAACAAAAUAUAGCUGCAAUAUUUUCAAUAUCUGGGCAUGUUUAUUCAAAUUUUUUCUAUACUUAAAAAAUAAAAUAAACACACAUACAAAUAGCGAUCGCUAAGUACUACGUCAUUAUGCUCUGCGUAUAAAACGUGUUGAUUGAAGAGGUCUUCGAUCCGAACGACCUCAUACACAUGAAAAAAAAAUCCUGUUAGAUGAAAUUUAACGAAUAUAAUUUACACAAAGGAGUCCUCAUUAGAUUAAAAUGAGCAUCUUCAUUUUCAGUAAUUAAAUGGUUAAUGUCCGAGAAACGAGUCGCGGUGGACAUUUCUUUGUUAUGCAUAUUUGUGGAAUUUCCAUCUAAGAACGUGACAACAGAGACACAGGUGUUAUUGUUUCAUUGUUGUCGCACGAUUCUAAUACAGCCCUUGAACUUAUACGACUGGUUAGUCUUAAUUAACGCAUCGUCGACGACAACGCCAUCGCGGCAUCGAACCACAACAUAACAUAUAUAUAUCUGAACAGUUAGAUAUAAGGGCAUUGUCCGCAGGUCAUCGCAGCGGCAAGUAGUGCUGUCACGUUAGCCGGAAUACAAGAAUACUCUUUUCUUUCACUAUGGCCAGUGUUGAAAAUCUAGUGAUGGAAUCGCUGCAAUUCAAAUACACUCAAGCAUCGAGGAAAUGGAAAAUCGUUGCAGCGAUGGCGUGCGUUGUGGCUAUUGUCAUGACGGGAUUAUUCAUUUGGCAGGUCUUAAAGGAUGACGAACAAAGUGAUUCGUUUUGCAAUGGGAAAAAUCGUCCAAAAGAAGAGGCGUCCACGACCAACCCGGAGCAGUUUGGCCGGCCAUGUCCGCAUCAACCCGCAAGACUUCCUCCUAUCGUCGACCCCAUUCCUGAACAGUUGUCCGACGCGCUGAAGAAAAUAGGUGAUUACGUGGACUCUGUUGUCGACGCGGACGCACAGCUUCCCGCCAUUUCAGUUAACGUCUUCUAUCAAAAUCGCGCGCUUUUGCAGAAUCGUCAUUAUGGAAGUAAGAGUUACAAGGGCGAAAAUAAACCAGACGACCAAACCGUUUAUCGAAUUGGCAGCAUCACCAAGGUUUUCGUGGUUCUUAUGGUAUACAAGUUCUAUGAAGACGGUUUAAUAAAGUCCCUGGAUGAUCCACUAAGUAAAUAUGCACCUGAAUUUUGCAUUCAAAAUCCAUACACCAAGGAAAAUGUGACUGUAAGGCAAAUUGCGAGUCAAAUGUCAGGUCUACCGCGAGAGGCACCAUGCUUUUACAUCUGCGAGAACGUCACCUCGGCGGAUCAGUUACAACAACUGAAGAAUCGCAGCUUGGUGAUGGCUCCAGGGACGAUGCCGUCCUACAGUAACCUUGGUUACGCUUUGCUUGGCAGGCUGCUAACAGAGAACUUACUGACGAAUCAAACUUUUGAGAGCUGGGUACGUGAGAGGAUCUUGAAGCCCUUGAACAUGACCAACACCGGGUUUGAAAUCACAGAGGACGCACAACAAAACAUGGCUUUUCCGCACUCUAGAGACGGUUCAAGAAUGCCAUUCAUGAUUAUCUAUUGGGUCGCACCUGCAGGACAGAUGUAUUCCACACUCGAGGACAUGACGAAGUUGGGCAAAAUGUUUACGCAACCUUCCAAACAAACUCUCUUCCGGCCGUCGACACUCUGGGAAAUGAUGUCCCCUGGGAAUGUUGCUCCCGAUGGUAUCACCGUGUGGGGAGCCCCCUGGGAGAUGGAACAACUUGAGCAUUUUCUUGUUCGAGGUAAAGGUGGAGUCAUUGAUUCGUAUGCCACUUUCUUCUCGGUAGUCCCCGAGCUAGAGCUUGGGAUAAACCUGCUCAUAAGCUCAACUUCUUUCUUGAAAGGCGUAGGCUCUGGUCCACCGGCGUCGAGGAUGACUCACGAAAUCUACAAGAUGCUUCUUCCAGUUCUAAACCAAACCCUUUUCGAUUUGGAGGGUUCCUCCAGUUUUCCAGUUGACGCGAAGCCUUAUGUAGGAAACUACACCUUAAAUAUUACUGAUCCCCUUACUUCAGAGAUCACCACGAAAUCGGUGCGACUUACAGUUAAAGACGAUGCACUUGCAGUGUACUAUUUCAAUACAACUAAAGCCGCCUUCCACGUUUUUUACAUCGGGGACAAAUUCGUAUUUCAAGCCCGCUUUGCCUCUCCUUUCGCUUCGUGUUUGAUUGAGAGACUAGGGAAUUACGAAGAUGUUCAUUUUUUUUCCUUUGAUGAAAAAGGCUUUUCGACGGGAUUCAAGGUCCCUGGAAGAGGAAUGCUAGCAACUCGUAUAUUCUGAUGCAAAAGACUUAAACCUGUGCUGACUACCUUGAAGAUGAACAAGCUUGUUGAGUGGAGUGUGACACUCGUGAACAAACACAUCGAAAUCCUGUAAAAAAAAACAACAACAACAACAAAAACGCUCAAAAAUUUAUUCUUACAGUUGGACGUUUUAACCUCUCUUUUUUUUUCAAAGGAGUUCAUAUGAGUUUCAUAGCAACGGCUAAUUAAUUGAGGUAAUUUGCGCAUCCAAUUAGUAUAUCGAGAAACUGUAAAUAUAUUAACUAUGCAUAAUCACUCGGUAAUAUCGACGUUUGUUUGAAUUACUUGUUUAUAAUCAGUGUAUAUUUACAUAUCUUGUAUGACUUGUCACGUCCGGUCCUUAAAACUGCAUUAUACUUGCAAAUACUAUAUAGCUAGAUAUAAAGGACAUUGUCUCGCUCUUUUCAGCCGGAGCCUCAUAUACAAAAAUUAACUUUCUGUCUACGAGACCCACUAAUGCAUACUCAAGAAGUAAAUUUUAUAUAACAAGAAUGCUUAUACUAUAAACUUUGUAAAUAAACGCACAAGGAACAGAG